AUGGAAUUACGUCACCAGGAAGAGGAAUUCGAUGCUAGUGAAUGGGUGCUCUUUGCCAAUAUUAAUCAGCAAGCCUUCAGUCGCGACUUCAGAAUCGCUCUGGAGUCAUGGAAGCUAGUUGGUGACCGGGUGAAACGCCAGCAACAGAUUGAGGUCCGCAAAGGCGAGAAUAAGCACGUCUACGCCCGGGGUCACCCCCUCGUUCUUAGCUUCUCCGAUGUCUUUCUCCGUCCGGCAAGUCUCGCGAGAGAAACUGACAUAAGAUUUGACGACCACAUCAUGAAGAAAUUUGCUGAGAUGGUCUGGCGCGCGCAGGAGUUUUAG